GUCAAAGGUCAUGGAGUUACAAUGUCAACUGAGGGCAAGUUGGCCAUAGUGGGAGCGAUGUCAAUGUGAAGGAGGGGUAAAAGAAUAAGAGAGGGUGCAAAUGAGGGAUCUCCUAAUUAUCUUUCAAAGAGACAAAUCCACAUGCAGUUAAUUCUCCAGUAAAUUGCGAAUAACUAAAGUGAGACCUUCAGCAAAAAUGCCUGAGAGGAGCCAGACUUUGUUUACUCAAAAGUCUAAGCAAACAGCCUCAACUGUUCGGAUGCAACCCAAACCUGUGCCUAGGAGGCCCAAUCAACCAAAGCUUCACGACAUGCAUAAACAUCGCAUGUCAUGGAUCAGUAUGUCGCGUUACAAAAUGUCUCAUUUAAGCUUAAUGGAGCAAGUACAUACGGAGUUAAGAGAUUUGGGUGCCAUUGAGAUCAUGAUUGGAAUGAUUGAGAUGAUGUUUGGCAUUCCACUGAUUUUUGCGGAAAGCUAUUCGUUCCCUGCAAUUAUUGGAGCCCCCUGGUUUACAGGAUUUUGGUAUGUGGUAGCGGGAUCCUUGACAGUUCAUUUAAUAUAUUCCAGAGGUACUACAGGCAGAUGGGCAAUACUCGUGAUCCACAUGAUCACUGCACAUUUUGCAGUAGCAGGAUGUGUGAUAUUUAAUCUCUCACUCUUUUACUUGCCAACGACGCCAUUCAACUUUUUUAUGGCAGCACCAAUGAUCAAUGCAAUAUUCCUCAUGAUCUUCUCUGUGGUGGAGUUCGUCAUAUCUUGUUUAAUUUGUUAUCUUCAUAUCAAGCUCUUACGCUCCAGUCGAUGAGGGAGAGUUCUACAGAGCUGAGACUUGGAAGAGCUGUACAACUGUUGUGCUUAAUGGAGAAAAGCAGACAGAAGGAACCUGAUGCAAAACUAAACACCAGUACAUUAGUGAUUUGAUCUGGCUCUGGACAACCGUGUAAGGUUUCUUUGGAAGAUCGUCAUACUGGCAAUAUAAUUACAGCAGCCCUGAACCUCUUGCAUCAGAGCUAGUAGGAAUUAGUGGCAUGUUUGAGCAGAGAUUGUUAAAUGAACUGGAGAUACAGGCUGAGUACUUGCAGCACUCAGAAAGCAUAGCCCAUCAGAAAACUCGUCUUUCAACCCUAGAAGGUAAAGAGAAUCAUGUCAAAUAAGAAGUGUUCCACUCCAUCACACCUUCAGUUCGGGUUCCCAUUUCUUGCCAUUGAAAGCUGUUUCCUGCUCGUUUUCAUUCAGAUCUAUCUUUGGAGCAAGUACUUUCCCUCCCUUCCCUCCCAGGUUUUCACUCUCCAUCUGAAGGGUCAGAUCUAGCCCCAAAGGGUGGAAUCGUAAAAAUGAACCAGGAGUUCCUUGUACCCAUGAGAACAUCAAACUGCUCCUAAUUCAGCACCAAUUGUUGAUGUUGUUCCAUUGGAGGAGAGUAAAUGUGGGAAUGGGAGUAAAAUUGAGAUGGUGCUUGGCUAAGGGUAGGUCAGUUAUGGGGAGCACCUUGAGCAUGGGAUGCUUGUUGCUGACACUGGGUAAUGAAAGGAGUGGAGAGUCCCAAGUAUCUCUGUACUAGCAUCUCUCAUAAAGGAGGCACAAGGAUGGUCUUCACUAAAGGUUUAUGAUCCUAAGCAUCAGUGGAAAUGGUUCAUUUCACUUUAGGCUUCAUGUGGUCUGAACAUAUUGCUCCAAUAUGAGGAAUUAGAAUUUUUGGCUGCCAAAACCUGAAAGGUUCUGAGGAGAGGGAGGGAUGCAAGUGGCAGAGAGACAAUCAUUGGCCUAUGGACAUUUUAUGCUUGUACCACAGAUAAUCAUUUGUAAUUCCUGCAACAGGCUGGCAGGGCAGGGAUCUGUACAGCACUACUGACAAACAGUUCAUUCUUUCAAAACAAGAAUGCCCUGUGUAUUGACAGGCGAUAAACAUCAAUCUGCAGUGGUACAACUGUUAUUGAGACUCUAACAAUCCCAGGUAAUCUGGGAAAUUAGCUUCAUACCAAAAAAUAUGUUUAAGAAUUGUCUUCCGUUUAUUGGAUCCUGGGAAUGUCAAGCUAAUCCAUACCCCCUCAACCCUUCAUAUGUAUUCUAUGGUAAUAAUUACCAAUGUUAAUUACAUAAU